AUGUCUGCACGCUCAAGUCAAACGUGGUCGACCCGGGAGGUGCAAACCUUCCUGGCCAUAAUCGGUGACGAGAAGGUGCAAUUAGAACUUGACGGCAUGGUGAGGAACGAGAAGGUUUUCCAGCAUGUUUCGGAGAGAAUGGCUGCAGAAGGGUUUCAGCGGACGGCUGAGCAGUGUAGGCUAAAAUGCAAGAAAAUGCGCGGUGACUACCAUAAAAUAAAGGCCCAUAACAGCAGAAGUGGUGUGAACCGUAAGAGCUGGAAGUGGUUCGACACCAUGGACGCUAUUUACGAACACCGACCUGCGAGUUUGGGGAGAAGCGGCGGCAUCGAUUCGGCCACCUCUUUGUUGGAGUCUUUGAUGAAAUCUUCUGUUGAAGACCCUCCUAGCCAGCUGGACACCAUAGAGGGAUUUGAUGAGAGAUUGUGCGAGUGCACAACAGAGUUCCAGUUCAGCCUCAAGGACCUCAACACCGACACCUACACAACCGGCAAGAGGAAGAGGGGAGAGCAGGAUGUUGCUGCAGCUCUGGCAGAGUUACAUGCAUCUGAUGAAAGGCAUCAAGAAUGGCUGGAGAGGGUGGAGGAUCGCCGUGACCAGCAGUUUGAAAUGAUGCUGGAGGAUGCUCGUGAGGCAAGACGGCAAGAGGCUGAAUUAAAUCGUCAACACAUGGAGCAGAUGUCAAGCUUCAAUCAGGCCUUCCUCAGCACACUCGAUCAGCUGGUGCAGGUGCUGAGUAGUAACCGUAACCCAGAAUGA